AUGACUUCCCGGAUUGCUCAGAACCGUGGCCUAAUCGCCCAUGAGGGCGAACCGACUCGGCGUAUCCAGAAUCCAGCAGACCUCGAGCCAAAAUAUGCCCACAAAAAAUACACUGCUCUCGCCCAGGCCAUGCUUAUUAGCGAGCGAAAGCACAAGGGCUUACGGGUCCAACCACGUUUAAGCGACUACGACCUCUGCCGAGCUUUAUCGCCACUACUUAACUCCGCUGACUGGACUAUUGAUGAAUCGAUUGAUACCCUUAGCGAUAAGUUUCAAGCUCAGCUACGGGAGGAUAGGGUGGCCGGGCUACCGGAUUGUUUCUUCCCAUUACAUAGUUAUACCAGCCGCGACGAGCAAGCCGAAGCUGCAGCACCGAGCUUGAGGCACCUAAAGGAAAUCAAGCUGCCCAAGGGUCUUGACGAUACGAUGUUGCCCGCUCUGCUUGCCAAGCUCGCAAGUAUGGAGGAAGAGAUGGAGGUGAACGGCUAUCUUCAAUCGAUACAUCUGUUUAUUACCGUUGCCACCACGGCAUGUGACAAGCUGACAGGUCGACGGCUGAUGGAAUGGUUAGCCCGCAUUUAUUGCCCGAGGACGCCGAACCCGCUCGCUCCCAUGGACAUGAGUAUUUAG